GAACUGGCACAGACAGCUCAUCAUGAAGGGGAGUUCCACCCAGGUCAUCUCUGAGCUGCCACCUCGCUAUAGAUAUCAAGCAGAGAGUUUCUCAACAUCAGACAGCGAGUGACCAGUUUGGUGACAAACAGCUACAACUAUGAACUUCCCCUUAACCCUGGACAUGGACCUCAUAAACUACAACCCGGAUGACCUGGAAUUAGGUAACUACAAUGACAGCACGGAGAACCCCCUACCGGAAAAUCACUUCUGCUCCACAGAUGAGGGGCCCCUCCUGACCUCCUUCAAGGCUGUGUUCAUGCCUGUGGCCUAUGGCCUCAUCUUCCUCCUGGGUAUGAUGGGCAACAUCCUGGUGUUGGUGAUCCUGGAGCGGCAUCGGCAGACACGCAGCUCCACCGAGACCUUCCUGUUCCACUUGGCAGUGGCUGACCUUCUGCUGGUCUUCAUCUUGCCCUUUGCCGUGGCUGAGGGCUCUUUCGGCUGGGUCCUGGGCACCUUCCUCUGCAAAACUGUGAUUGCUCUGCACAAGAUCAACUUCUACUGCAGCAGCCUACUCCUGGCUUGCAUUGCUGUGGACCGCUACUUGGCCAUUGUCCACGCCGUCCACGCCUACCGCCAUCGCCGCCUCCUCUCCAUCCAUAUCACCUGUGCGACCAUCUGGCUGGCAGGCUUCUUCUUUGCUUUGCCAGAGAUUCUCUUCGCCAAGGUCAGCCAACCCCAUCAGAAUGACUCUCUGCCACUCUGCACCUUUUCCCAAGAGAACCAAGCUGAAACCAAUGCCUGGUUUACUUCCCGCUUCCUCUACCAUUUUGGGGGAUUCCUACUGCCAAUGCUAGUGAUGGGCUGGUGCUAUGUAGGGGUGGUACACCGGCUGUGCCAGGCCCAACGUCGCCCUCAGCGGCAGAAAGCAGUCAGGGUGGCCAUCCUGGUGACAAGUGUCUUCUUUCUCUGCUGGUCACCCUACCACAUCAUCAUUUUUCUGGACACCCUGGCAAGGCUGAAGGCCAUUGGCAGUAGCUGUGAGCUAAAUAGCUAUCUCUCUGUGGCCAUCACCAUGAGUGAAUUCCUGGGCCUGGCCCACUGCUGUCUCAAUCCCAUGCUCUACACCUUUGCAGGAGUGAAGUUCCGUGGUGACCUGUCACGAAUUCUGACCAAGCUGGGCUGUGCUGGUCCCGCUUCCCUUUGCCAGUUCUUCCCUAGUUGGCGCAAAAGCAGUCUCUCUGAGUCAGAGAAUGCCACCUCCCUCACCACGUUCUAGGUCCCAGCCCUGCUUUGUUUCUACUUUCUUGGGGGAUGCACUGAUGCUGGAACCCUUCCAAUAGGAGCUAGGGAUCCUAUGAGCUCACUUUGGCCGGUGUCCUUACAUGGGGCAGCUAGACAAUCAACAUACCUUUCCAGGACAUUCCUGCCAGCUCUUCUCCCAACCCUGGGGCUAGGCUGGAAUCCAGUGAAGGGAAAGCAGCUCAAAGGCAAAACAAAGGAUACCUGUGCCCAUCUGAAUUACCUUGGGCUGAGGGUCGGUCCCACACACCUUCUCUCAUCUUAACCGCCCAAAGUUUGAGAAACAAAUUUACUUCUAUCUUAGAAAUGGGAAGUCAUUACCCUCCCAAAACUCACUCAAUCAUCUACCCAGCUUUCCUUCCACCCCAUCUGCCAAAAGAGGCUAAAAGUUGAACACCAAGGGAUGGAUGGAGGUUAAAGCUGAGCAAAGGCCAGCUGGCAACAGAAUGUGGCCUUAACAUAUCUUAAUCUCUAACAACAUAUCUGCCAGGCCAUCAGGCCUGCAGCAUAUUGACCAGCAGGAAGCUCAUACUGACUUAGAUCAGGUAGCUGUCCCUGGCUCUAACCAAAAUGGUACUGGACCAGCUCCAUGUCACUGGGCGCUGGGUGGUUUUACAGACUGAGGGAAGAUUCCACAUAUACUCAGAGAGACCAGCCAGUGUCCUGGAGAAUUAAGGUUGGGCCAUAAAGGAGCACAAACAGAGCGGGUGUGGGGGGGGGGGGGGAGAUUCUCCUUCCCCAGUCCCCAAGAAGGAAUAAUUAUAAACCAAAACUAGCUAUCUCCUCUGCCCAGGGUGGAGAGCUCCCAGUUCAGGGUUCUGGGCACUGAUGAAGGCAGAGUAGUCCCUACCUGCCUUUCCCAGUGAGUCACACAGCCAGGAGAACCUGCUCAAGCAGCAGAAGGGUCCCAACCACAAGAGAGAGCACUUAACUAAAAUAGCUAAAAGUCAGAACCAGUAUGUACAUCCCCAAGAAGACAGAAGAAAAAGGCCUCUGGGAGUCAACUCAUAUAGCAGAGGCCAAACCCAGGACAUAGGCUCUCUGGGCUUCAACAAGAGCCGCCUGUGGCAUCCCCUUCAGCUGCACAGUGUGAGAAGCAGCUCUGGGCAGGGAAGUCCCUAGACCCCAGGAAGCGGGGCCCUGGCCUCGAGAGGACACUACUCAGAUGGAACAGGGGAAAUUGCUCUACGCAUGCUCACCCAACCAGCCCACCUGCUCUCCCUGUUCCACCCCAGCCUUUGGUCUAGCUGGAGUCAGACAGCAAGUAUCUUGCACAUCUGAGUUGCCUACUCCCACUUAAGCCAAUCAGCCAAGUUCCCCAGGAGGGAAGUCAGGGAUAUGUCCCAGGCACUGUGCUUUCACCACUGAACACUGGGAAAGGUCUGGGGUCUUCCUUUUUCCUCCCAGCAUCCAACAGCAAGCUGGGCAGUAGAGGAGCCAUACAUGGAAGUAAAAAAGCAAGAGAUUAGAUUUUUAAUUUUCUCUUUUUAAUAAAAAGGCACCUAUAAAACAGGUCAGUACAGUACAAGCAGCACAGAGACCCCCAGAACAAGCCUAAAAAUUGUUUCAAAAUAAAAACCAAGAAGAUGUCUUCACA